AUGCUGGUGGUAGAGGAGGAGCAGGAAGAGGGCGAGGCGCUCGCGGAGAGCGUGAGGACGCCGAGUGGGGACCUCGCCUUCUUCCUGUCGGACUUUCUCUCGCACCCGCACGCCCCGUCCACCGCGCCCGCCCACCUCUCGUGCACCCUCGCGGCGCUCGUCGCGUGCCGGCUCGCGCACGCCCGGCGGCAGCGGCGGCGGCUGCUAUCGGGCGCAGACGAGGGCGCAGGUGAGCGUGCGGCGCUCGAGGGGCUCCCGCACGCGCUCAAGGGCGUCUUCGAGGGCCUGUCGUCGUCGCUCGGGGCGCAGGAGGCGCUUGUGAAGGCGCUGCGGGCGGUGCGGGACGGCGGGAUUGGUGGAGCGGGUGCGGGCGCCGAGGGCAUGGACGUCGACGGCGACACCCCGUCAUCAUCGUCGGCGACGUCGCGCACGUUCGACUCGCUCGUCGUCGCCCUGAGCCAGCGCGCGCUCGUGUCGCCCGAGGCGGCCGCGAACCUCGUUCCGCACGUCGACGCGGGCGAGCUCCAGGCGGCUAUGGUCGCCGACUACUCGGAUCGGCUCGCCGGUGCGGCUCAAGACGAGGUCAAGCAGCUCCUCGACGAGCUCGUCGAGUCGUACGUGUCGCAGCAGGCCAUCUCGUCCGCCAUCGUCGAGGACCUCUCGACCAAGUCGACCUCGCACGACAUCGUCGGUCUCUCGACCGUGUGCGACGCCCUGGUCGACCACCGCGACGCGCUCGCCGUCCUGCUCGUCCAUGUCGAGGCGCGCGAGGUGCUCGGACCUGUCCGGGCAGUGCUCGACGAGGUCGACACGUCGCAGGACGACUUUGGCGACGGCAACCCGAUCGAGCGGUACGGCGGCCUGGUCCUCUUCGUGCAGCUCGUCGCACGUCGCUUCAAGCUCCACUCGGACCUCGCGCACCACCUCGGGUCGGCGUCGAGCUUCGUCACGACCUGGCUCCCGUCGUGCUCGGCCGUGUACGCGCUGUCGACCCUAUCGGACGACGAGCGGAGCGUCGUCAGUGGGUGGAUCGGCGCGCUGUUCGGUGAGGGGAUCUCGGACGACUUGAUGCACGCCACCAACCCGCGUACGCUCCUGCGCGUCGCGCCGACCAUCCUCAAGCAGUCGCUCCUGGCGCGCCACGCCGGCGUCGUCGACCUCGACAGCCUGCGCGACGCCCUGUCGUACUUCCUCCAGGAGCUCUUGCGCUUCACGCUUCCCGGCGUGCUCCUGUGGCUCGUCGAGGAGGUCGAGCGGACCUCAGCGUCGCCGCAACAACUCGCCAUGUUCGACAUCCUCCAGACGCUCGUCCUCGCGCCGUCCCUCCCUCCAUCCAUCAUCGAGCUCGUCGCCCCCUCCCUCGUCCGCCUCCUCCUCGACCCCUCGAUCGCCGCCCUCCCGUCCUCAGCCCUCGACCGCGCAAAACUCAUCAAGCUCGUCAAGCCGUUCCGGCCCUCGGCUAAGCGCGCCCUGCGCUUCGCGGCGCCGCAGGAGCCGCGCGACGAGCACGACGGCCGUGCGCCGCUCGAGGCGCAGCUGCGCGCAGAGCUGGCCGCGCUCGGAGCGGCGACGGCGACGGCGACGGCGACGGCGACCGGGAACGGCGACGCAGCGGCGCACGGACCGCUGCCGCCGCCGCCGCCGCCGGGCCUCGCGCGCUCGUUCGCUCGCGCGAGGGCGCUCGCCCCUCGAGGCGACGGCGACGCAGCUUUCCUGCGCGGCGUCGUCCUGCCCGCGCUCUUUGCGGCCGCCGACAGCUCGUCGACGCCGUCGACGGCCGUCCACGCCGAGCGCGCCCUCGUCGCCCUCGUCGGCUCGUCAAGCUCGUCGCUCGGCGCCGGCGGGGCCGCGACGGGCGCAGCGCUCCUGCCCACGCUUGUCGGCGAGGUCCUCCUGCCCGACCUCGAGGCCUGGGCGCGCACGCCCGUCGCAGCCGGCGGCUUCGGUGGCGCCGAGGAGGAGCCGCCGCAGCAGCGGCGCCGGCGUCGACAUGUCGCGCUCGUCGCAGACGUCGUCGCCGGUGCGGCCAUGUGGACGCUCGAGGUCGAGAGGCGGUCGGCGGGCGGGCGAGGAGAGGAGGGCGCGGCGCAGGGGACGAGGCGCGCGCUGCAGCUGCUGAGCGACGGCGUCGCUCAUGCCCGGCGCGGCGUCAAGCGGUCGACGGCGGCUGGGGCGGCGGCGGGCAAGGGAGGAGCACGAGCUGGAGCGGGGCUCGAGAGUGGCGCAGACGAGGUCACGGUCCUCGACGCAUUUGUCGAGCGGCUCGCGAGCUGGCCGGACGUCGUCGAGGCGUGCCCGGCGGUCGUUGCUCUCACUUCUCUCGACGAGCCGUAGCGAGCAACAUGCACACAAGGAACUUCGA